AUGCUGAGAGAAGCGAAACGGAAAACGAGCGGAGAGCGUAGUAAGAGGCAGUCUGCGUUCUUUCCAGCAUUUCAAUUCAGCGAGAAUGAUGGUGGGAAGGAGGUGACAAAUUCUACAGGGGGCAACAGUGUCAAGGCUAGCUCUAGCGUGAAGGUAGUGCCCGAAAUACCGCAGCGGGCGCCCCGUCAUGGAGUUCCUGGACACGCCAAAAAGGUUGAUAAAUUCAAGAGAAGUACAAUUCUUCUUGACAAGGACAUGGUGAGGGAUUAUAGUCUAGUGAUGAACCUCCCAGCCCAACCUUCGGGCCAGAGUGACCUAAGGAGCCCCAGCGAGGAGAGCAUCUCGAGCAAAAACUCUGUCUUCUCCGUCAAUUCGUGUGUCCGCGAUAUACUAUACGACGAGAUUGACGAGAUAAUGAAAAGUAAAGAGAAUAAGUAUGGGAAACUAACGAUUUCAAAACCUGCCCCGACUGAAGGGACAAAGGCUAUGUUCAUAAUAAGGGACAACUUCUAUGAAAGAGGCGAGUGGCACUUGAUACCAGAUGCACCGGAAGACGCCGAAGAACGGGGGCCGCCAAAAAGAUCCGAGCUGGACUUUUUCUAA